AUCAGAAGAGAUCAGAGCGGCUUACUUGCGUGUGGCUUCCUCAUAUCAUCCUGAUCGGGUGGACCCCCCCUUGCGAGAGGACUCUGAGGCCCAAUUUUUAAAAAUCGACAGGGCGUACAAAGUAUUGACGGAUCCUCUCAUGCGCCAAGCAUAUGAUAAAUUUGGAGAGCGCGGUUUACGUCUUCUCCAAGCCGUGCCACAACAUGAAAUGCUACCGCUUCGCUUCCCGUGUGAGGUGGCCUACAUUUUAG